AUGCAACUCGACCCCAAGCUCGACCGCGAGCAGAAUGACUUGGAACAUGCAUCUCCUCAACCCGACCAGGUCCCCGAUGGGGGCUUCAUAGCAUGGGUGCAGGUUGUCCUUACGCACAUCGUCUUUUUCAACACCUGGGGCGUCGCCAAUGGCUACGGAAUCUUCCAGCAGUACUACACCCAGACACUUGGCCAGUCAGGGUCAUCGGUAUCAUGGAUCGGGAGUGCCCAGGUGUUUUUUCUUUUCAUCGUUGGUGUUGUCGCGGGGCGUCUUACCGAUGGUGGGCACUUCCGAGUCAUCUUUACCUCUGGUGUUUUUCUUCAGCUCUUGGGCCUUUUUAUGACCUCGUUAGCGACAAGAUACUGGUCAAUUUUCCUCGCUCAGGCUGUUUGUCUCGGAAUUGGCAAUGGCUUUACGUUUUGCCCAGCUUUGGCAGUCCUCUCUCAAUACUUCAAAAAGAAACGAGCCUUCACCGUUGGGCUAGCAGCUGCCGGCGGUGCGGUUGGUGGACUUGUAUAUCCAGUUCUGAUCAACUGGCUGGUCUUCAAGAAUGGCGUUGGUUUUGCAUGGGCUUUAAGGGCUAUGGGUUUUAUCAUGAUGGGCAUCUAUAUGCCAUGCCUGAUAUGGUUCAAGCCUCGUCUAUCACCGCGAAAAAGCGGCCCCUGGAUAGAUAGCUCCGCAUUUUCCGAGCUGCCAUUCAUAUUCUUCUCUCUGAGCAUGUUUCUAAACUUCUGGGGGCUUUACUUUGCAUUCUUUUACCUGGGGACCUUUAUUCGUGACCAGGUGGGUGGUGUCGAGCCAAUUUAUCUAUUGAUGGUUCUAAAUGGAGUUGGCGUUCUUGGACGUGUCGUUCUACCGAUCAUCGCAGACAGGUGGACCGGCCCUCUCAACAUUCUAAUCCCGACUAGCAUUGCCGCGAGCUUGCUUGUAUACUGCUGGGCGGCUAUACACUCUGUAGCAGGAUUGUAUGCCUUCGCUGUUGUGUACGGCUUCCUUGCCGCUGCAUUGCAAGCUCUGUUUCCGGGAGUUGCGACCACAAUGACGCCCCACCCUAAUAGGACGGGAACUCGAGUGGGAAUGAUUCUUGGUUUUGUGAGCUUUGCCAAUCUCACCGGGCCAGCAAUUUGUGGUGCUUUGAUCAGGCAAGAAGAUGGAAAUUAUUUGGGAGCUCAAAUGUUUGCUGGGUCUUCUAUCCUCCUUGGUGCAGUUAUGGCCUUAGCAGCCAGGAUCGCAAAGGUUGGACCAUCAUUAGACGCAAAAGUAUAG